CACAGAGCUUGCAUCUUUUCUCUCUUUUUAAAGUUGUAUCAAUUGAAAGUGGCAAGAUUUGCUCAUCUGCAAAAUUGUGUACAAACAAUUGGCCAUGGCAGCUGCUGAUCCCGAUUCCGAUCCCGAAGUACAUAUACAUUUGAUAUUUCAGCCUUAUGGUCCGUAUAUUUGCGAUGAGUCGCGUUGUGCUCAGGAUCGUGCCGACAACAUUGUGUCCAUCAUGAUUGGCAUCAGGGAAAUCAAGUGCAAACUGGAAAUCUUGCAGCGCACCACAAAUUACUUUAAGAACGGCGUGCCCGGAAUGGUUUUUUCGCUGCCCGAAUGCUUUGUGAGUGUCGAGGCAUUCCAAUUGCUCUAUCGUUGGAUGGACCAGCCGAGUUAUGUCUUUCCCCCCGAACUCCUGAUGACCACGUAUCGUUCGGCCAAACAUCUGAGGAUCAGUGCGUUGGUGCGUCAAUUCGAGGAGCUCUUUUGCAAUCCACGCUUGGCACGUGAGGAAAUUGGUUUCUAUAUGUUUUGCGGCCUACACCUGUUGAUGAGAGUGUCGUCAAUGCCUUUGGACUUUCCCAAGAUGUUGCGUAUUAAUCGCUAUUUUCUGACCAUGAUCAGUACCAAGGAAUAUCUAACACUCUUGCCGCAAGUGCUGAUGGGUGUCCUCAACUCGCCGAUGAUUUGUGUCAAUUCGGAAAUGGAGGUGUUAAUCGCAAUCAUCAUUUGGCUGUUUCAUGACUACGAUUCACGUUCCAUCCACACCUUCAAUAUGCUGAGUUGUGUGCGCUUCGAUUGCAUUCCCAGUGAGGCGAUCGUCGAGUUGCGUGAGCAUCCAUCGUUUCGCACAUUGGCUGUGCUCUUUAAUCGUCCCGAGUUCGAGAUGUUCUUGCAGAAAGCACCGCCGUUGGGGCAGAACACACGCUUGUGUAAUCGUCGCAUUUGGAUCUAUGAUAAACUCUGCAAUUAUCAUCAUGAUGCCCAUUGUCUGAGGCGUAAUUUCAUCACCUUCAACCAGAUGAUGAACUAUAAGCACGCGUUGCGUCGAGCUCCCAAAUUGCAUUGGUGGCAUCGCCUACAACUGGAUCCUUAUGUCCGCACCUGUCGCAAUGAGCUUUGCAAGAAAUAACUAAACUUCAGUUAAUUAUUCAAUUUAUUUCAUUGAUUC